AUGACAACAACAACAAGAACUGAAACAUUAUCAGAAACCGUUAGUGGCAUAAUUACUGGAAGAAAAGUUCUUGUUGAUAAUGACAUUAUAAAAAAUCAAAAGGAAGAAAUUGAAACCUUAAAGAACGAAGCAGCAAAACUACACAAUUUAAGGGAUGUCGAUAAUAACACUAUAAAAAUUAAAGAAGAAGAGAUCGCAAGAUUAAAAGAAGAAACUUCCAAAGUACAAGAAUUAUUAGGAAUCGAUAUAAAGAAUUUACCAGAGUUACUUAAAGAUAACACUUUAAUCGACCUAUUAGCUAUUCAGUCCCAUAUAGAAUUAUCCCAUUUGAAAGAUAAAGUGAUCAAUUUAGAUAAUGAAAAAAAUCAACUGAAGAAUGAAAUAGAUGAUUUGCAAAAGGAACAUCAACAAUCAGCUAAGAACUCUGAACAAUUGAAUCAAGAAAUUAAUAAGUUAAAGGCUAAUUUAACUGAAUUGGAAGAAAAAAGAAAAGUUCUUGAGUCUGAUGUGAACAAACAAUCAGAAAGAAAAAAAUCGGUAGAACAAGAAAUCAAUGAAUUAAAUAUAAAGUUAGAAGAAAAGUCAAGGAAUUUGGAGAGCCUGGAAUUAAAUGUUAAUGAACAAUUAGAAGUAAAGAAAUCGCUAGAACAAGAAAUAGAUAAUUUGAAUACUAGUUUAGAUGAAAAGAGAAAAAAUUUAGAAAAUUUAGUUUUAAUCGCUAACAGUCAAUUAGAACGUAAUAAAUUAUUAGAGAAUGCUGAUAAAAUUAAAAAGAAACUAAAAGAUCUCGGGGAAUUGAAAAAAAAAUUAGAUAGUUUAGAAGAUCAAAGAAAAGAAUUAGAAAUAAAUGAACACAAAUUGAAAGAUGGAUAUUUAAAAUAUGGUUGGUUUAAAGAUGAAAAAUAUAGAGGAAAUGCUCAACAAUUAAUACCUCCAUUGAGAAAAGAUAUUCAAGAAGCAAAAAGCAAAUUAGAAAGCCCUACUGAAAUCGAAGAAGAGUUAUCAAAAGCUAAUGAUGAAAUUGAAGAACUAAAGGAACAACAUAAACUUGAUAAUAAAUAUUUAGGUGCUAUUGAGAAGGAUAUACAAGAUCAUAAAGAAAAACUUAUUAGUAUGCGAGAAGAUAUGAUGAAAAAAGACAUUAUAAUCGAUGGACUUCGAAAAGAACUUCAACAAGAAAAGAUCAAUAGAAAAAUACUUGAACUUUCAAGAAAAAAAAGCGACAUAGAAAAAUUAAUUAAUUCAACUAAAAUUAAAGUUAUUGAAAAAAAUCUACAAGGUUAUUUGGAUAUGUUAAAUAUUGAAAAUGUAAAGACAAAAGAAAUUGCGAACAAUUAUCUAAUUAAAAUAUUAAGCAAAGAUGAAUUGGAUGCAAUUUUACAUGGUUCAAAAAAAAUUGAAGAAAUUAAUCAAGAAUUAUCCGAAUGUUCUAUCAAAGUAGAUGCUAUCAAAGUAGAUGCUAUCAAAGUAGAUGCUAUCAAAGUUGAUGCUAUCAAAGUGGAAAAUGAAUAA